CUUAUCCUCAAUCAUCUACCACAGCCAAAAAUGCUAAAACUACUCAUAUGGUCCUCUUUUAUUUCCAUAUAUGUAGUCAAUAAAACCACCUUAGCUCAACCCAACUUCCUUUCCUAUUUCUGCGAAAAUGCGUCAAACUAUACAUCCAACAGCACGUACAGAAGAAAUCUAGACACGACCCUCUCAGGCCUACCAAGUACCAACUCCGGUUUCGGAUUCUUUAACCUGUCCAGCGGUCAAGGAAUUAACGAUACAGUAAAUUCGGUCGCCCUAUGUCGAGGCGACAUCAAUUCAACUGAGUGUCAAAGUUGCCUAAAUAACUCCAUAGUUAAAUUACGAAGUAUAUGUCCUAACCAAAAGGAGGCUAUAGGUUACUAUGACAAUUGCCUUGUGAAAUAUUCAAACCAACCGAUAUUGCAACAAACUAGAUUCAAGUUUUAUGUGUAUCUAGCUAAUAACCAAAAUUCGAGUGAUAUCAGUCGGUUCAAUGAUGCUCUUAGACCAUUACUAACGGACUUGCGAGAGAAAGCUGCGAAUGGUGGUCCGUUACUGAAAUUUGCAACUGGGAACACGAGUGGACCGGGUUUUUCGAAUAUUUAUGCGCUUGUUCAGUGUACUCCUGACUUGUCCGAAUUUGAUUGUAAUUCUUGCUUGGAGGAUUCAAUUAAUCAGAUAUCGACAUUUUUUAAUGGGAAAGUUGGAGGGAGAAUUCUUAAGCCUAUGUGUAAUUUUAGGUAUGAGAACUAUCGGUUUUUUAAUCAGAGUGCUUUAGUUAUCCCGUCACCGCCACCACCACCAGUUUCACAACCGUCUCCACCGCGUCAACCACCGUUAUCACCACCAGGAAAUAACAAUGAUACGGCACGGGUGGUAACAAUCGUAGUCGUUACUGUGGCAGUCGUAGCUGUCAUAAUAUGCUCUUUCCUCUGUAUUUUUAUUAGAUCAAGGAAGAAGAAGCCAACUCCCCAGCCUAUGCCGAAUGAAAGUAUUCAAAGUGAAAGUAUGGAUAUUGGCACAGCUGAAUCUUUACAAUACCGUUUUGGUACAAUUAAAGAAGCAACCAAUGAUUUUUCUGACGAAAAUAAGCUUGGACGAGGUGGAUUUGGAGCCGUUUACAGAGGUACUCUGAGAGAUGGACAGGAUAUAGCAGUAAAGAGACUAGCAAGGGAUUCUGGUCAAGGAGAUGUAGAAUUCAAGAAUGAGGUUUUGCUAGUUGCGAAGCUUCAACAUCGUAAUUUGGUUAGGCUACUUGGUUUCAGCAUAGAAGGAAGCGAACGACUUCUCAUCUACGAGUUCUUGCCAAAUGCCAGUCUUGAUCAAUUUAUAUUUGAUCCAACUAAACGUAAACUUCUUGCUUGGGAUAGACGAUACAACAUCAUUAAAGGGAUUGCUAAAGGGCUAUUAUACCUUCACGAAGAUUCCCGUUUAAAGAUAAUUCAUCGUGAUAUGAAAGCUAGUAACGUUUUGCUAGAUUCCGAAAUGAACCCUAAAAUUGCAGAUUUUGGCAUGGCAAGAUUGUUUAAGCCAGAGGAAACUCAAGGUGACACGAGUCGGAUUGUUGGAACCUAUGGGUAUAUGGCACCAGAAUAUGCUAUGCACGGCCAAUUCUCGGUAAAAUCAGAUGUUUUUAGCUUUGGAGUGUUACUACUAGAGAUGGUAUCUGGUCAAAAAAACCAAUGUUUUCAGAGUGGAGAGUGCAUUGAAGACCUUCUUAGCUUUGCAUGGAAAAGCUGGAAAAAUGGGACGACAUCAGAUAUGAUCGAUCCCAUAUUGAAAACUGGAACGGGUUCAUUGCGUGACAUCAUUAGAAGUAUUCAUAUCGGGUUGUUAUGCGUUCAAGAAAAUGUUAAUGACAGACCAACCAUGGCUUCCGUUGUUCUAAUGCUUAAUAGCUUAUCUAUCACACUUCCGAUGCCAUCUGAGCCUGCGUUUUUCAUGCAUAGUAACAUUGAUCCCGAAAUGCCACUCUUUCGGGAAUAUAGUUCUUCAACGGAGAGCAGUGGUUUAGAAAAAUCCAAAAUAUCAAAAUCAAGAUCAAGGUCAUCUCAAUUCUCCGUAAAUGAUGUUUCAAUAUCCGAUUUUGUUCCUAGAUAAGUAUUGUGCAUGACAUAUGCUGUGGUAUACUCCACUCUUUAAGUAUCCGUUAAGAACUUGGAUUUAAUUCUACAGCUUAAUGUUGCUUGUUUGGAAUUAAUUAAGAUACACAUUUGGACGUA